AUGAAUGGUUUUCUUUCAAUCACUCAGAUUCCUUGCUUGUUGAUCCUGAAAGAAUCAGAGCUCUGCGUCGACCACCAUCUUGCCUGCAUCGACGCAGAUAUUUCCCAUUUGAGCGCCGCCCUUCGCCAACUCAGAGAGAAAUGCCACCUACUGAGGGAAGCCAAACACAAUCACCGAGCGGCUUUAUCCCCAGCCAGCAUUCUUCCACCCGAACUUUUGAUCGAUAUCCUUUUCUGUGCCGAGAGCGAUCCUAUCGACAUCUUUAACACCAGCCGUCCAGCAUGGGCCAUUAGCAAGGUCUGCCAACUGUGGCGGUCUAUCAUCACGGUCCACUGUCCUAAGGUAUGGACAAAAAUAUCAGUUCUUUGCAUCAGUGAGAGGGCAGAGAUGCUCAAAGAUGAUGCUCUCUUAUCAGUACUAGAGACAGUAUUCUCUCGUUCGCAAAAUCACAAGUUAGACAUCACCAUGGAGUUCGAUUUUACUUGCGACGAAAGUCAUCCAGUCCUUGAGCUUCAAAACGACAUUUGGGACGCUUUAACCUUGCAUGUCGAACGCUGGGAGAAACUUUAUAUUUUCCUCCAUCCAAUUGAUAUGCACGUGUUGGGUGAUCUUCGCGGGCGCCUGUCCUCGCUUAAAGAGGAUGGUCUCCAAUACUCUAGUCCCACUACUGCUCCGAGGCUUGAGAGUUUCAAGUAUCGAGUCGAGUUAUGCGAUGACGAGGAAUGGGACACAGGCGACGGGAUUCCACUCGAAUAUUUGUUCAAUAUUAUCCGCAACUCGCCCAAACUUGCAGCGAUUGACAUCUGCUGCCAGUAUUCAUCUUAUGACACUGUUUCCCCUCAUAUUUCGAAACCUUUGUUGUCCAAGUUGGUGGUCAAUAAUACCGUAUUCCUUCGCAGUCUUUCUGUGACGGCUCUGAAGGAAGCAACCUUGAUUUCGGACUCUUACGUGCAGCCCGAGUCUCCAUCAGAUUUCCUCGCUGAUUUCCACGACCUUCUUGUCGAAUCGCGUUGCUCCACUCUUAAUUACCUAAAUAUAUCCAUCGACCUCCUCAAUCAGCAUCUUCUCUCCAACCUCCAAUUGGCGUCCGCCCUCACCUCAUUCAAUCUAUGCCAGUAUACCUGGAAUGACCAGGACGAUAUGGUUAUGUGGGAAUUUAUCGUCCAGCUUGCAGACAUGAAGGAAUUUAUACCCCACCUCGAGGAGGUUGAGCUGAAUCUGCCGAUCCGUCGGAAAGUAGACAUUCGGUUUGCCGAUCGCACCAUGGUGAAGAUGGUUGAAGCUAGGCGCCAUCUCUCAUUGCGCAAAUUCGGCCUGAUUGGGGACUAUGCCAGGUUUUGUAAUCUGACUGGAGAUGAUAUCGAAGAGUUGAAGGCUUUACAAGCUGAUGGCCUUGACGUAACUCUUCUUGGUACAAGAACAUGUGAUUAUUCCUGUGAUCCUUUGGAGUAUGACGACAGCUGA